CUCGACUGUUCACAACAAAGCAACAGCAAUGAAAUCCGGGGUGCUCCUGAGCCUGUGCGUAGGUCUCACCGCCUCGAUAUACGCACAGUGACGCAAUCAACGAGGCCUACAAGUGGCAUGUUGGGGACUCCAGCUUGAAUCAGGCGCCCAAGGUCGGUAUCGCAGCCCACCGUCAUGACAACAAUGAUGGCAACGGCCACUCCUCCGGCCUCUGACACGGAGAGUGACACGAAAAUUGAGAUCCCAGGGUGCCCUACUGGCCCUGUGGAGGUCAAUGACACAUCGAGGGUACUGCAAAUUGUGAAAACAGUCGAGGAACUCCGGGCAACCGUCGCCACACUCCGAGCCAAGGUAGGCCAGCUGCAGAGCGCUCAGAAAUCUCCCGAGACGCCCACGCACAGCACGACCAAGGCUCCUCAACGCACCGUCACUGCGACAAAGGCCCCGCAACAAACCAAAAGAGCUUGGGCAUCUACGGCCAGUCCAGCCGCUCGUCGUCCAGAAAACUCCGUUGCGAACAAUGAGGCACAACCUCAAGCCCCACAACGACCAUGGCUGCCAGCAAUCCAAAAUAGCUCGGGAAUCCUCGGCUAG